CUUGCAACAAUAAAGCAUAUGGUACUGACAGUGCAGUCAGAGCUGGAAAAUUACAAGUCUCUCUCACUCUCCUGCACAUUUUUUUCUCAUGCGCGUGGAGCUCAGGGGUCGCUGCAAGUCAGUGGACUGAAACAAAAUGGGAACCUCUUCAUUUAAAAUCUUUCACCUUUUUUGAGUAGCCACAUUUACGAUUGUGUGGCCGUUCUGCUGUGAGAAGAGGUGAAAGGAGUCACAGUCUGCCAGUGGAUACAGGUGCAGAUGCGGCGGGCCAUGAGUGGAAUACUGAAGAGGAAAUUUGAGGAGGUGGAAGCCUCCUCCUCCCCAUGCUCUUCCUUGCGGGAGUCUGAUGAUGAGGUCUCCUGCAGUGAGAGUGGGGACAGCAGUGACAGUGUCAACCCCUCGGCCUCAGGCCCUUUCACCCCUGACUCAAUACUGAAGAGAGAGAAGCGCCUGCGGACGAGGAGGGUGCAUUUUGAGAAUGUGACAGUGUACUACUUCAGCCGACGGCAGGGCUUCACCAGCGUGCCCAGCCAGGGAGGCAGCACGCUGGGAAUGUCCAACAGGCACAGCUGGAUCAGGCAGUACUCUCUGGGUGAAUUUGCCCUGGAGCAGGAAAGGAUCCACAGAGAUAUGCUCAGAGAUCACCUGAAGGAAGAGAAGCUCAACUCUAUCAAACUCAAGCUGACUAAGAAUGGCACAGUGGAGUCUGAAGAGGCCAAUGCGCUCACGGCAGAGGAUAUUUCUGACGAUGACAUUGAUCUGGACAACACAGAGGUAGACGAGUAUUUCUUCCUGCAGCCUCUUACCACUAAAAAGCGUCGGGCAUUGCUGCGCACCUCUGGGGUAAAGAAGAUUGACGUGGAAGAGAAACAUGAACUGCGGGCAAUCCGGAUGUCCAGAGAGGACUGUGGCUGUGACUGCAGAGUCUUCUGUGACCCAGAGACCUGUGCCUGCAGCAUCGCAGGGAUCAAGUGCCAGGUGGACCGUAUGUCAUUUCCAUGUGGCUGCACAAAAGAGGGCUGCAGCAAUUCAACUGGGAGAGUGGAGUUUAAUCCCAUCCGUGUCCGGACCCAUUUCUUGCACACCAUAAUGAAGCUUGAACUGGAGAAGAGUCGUGAACAGCAGCAUGCGACCCCUGCCAAUGGUUACAUUGGCGAUAACAACGACCUGGGAAGCGGAAACCCUCUCGUUCAGUCCCAGCACAGGUUGGAGUACUCUCUCUCAGAGGCUGUCCCACAGACGGCCAGCAUGCACCUGCAGGCCGCCGAUGAGAUGGAGGAGCAGCUAGAUGAUGAAGACGAGGAAGAAGAUGAUGAGGACGAGGACGAGGAGGAAGAGGAGAACGAAGAGGACGAAGAGGAUGAGGAGGAUAGUAGCAGUGUUUGCAGCGGUCUAUCUGACUCCAGCACCCAGAGCUUGGCUAACAGUGACUCUGAGGACGAGGAGGACGAUGAUGAGGACGGAGAGAAGUCUGAGAACUUUCAAGACGACAUGACAGCCCUGUCAGUGUCCCAUACUGAGGUGGUCCCCUUGUCCUCAGUGCUGUGUUACAGCGAUGGCUCUGUGGCACAUGAUAACCACAUGAACGGAAACACUUAUUUAAUGAACUCUUCUUCAGCUGAGUACUAUCAGCUGGGGAGCUCCAGCGCCAUCUCUAAUGGCCAAACCAGCCAACCCAGUAAACCCUACAGGGAAGCCUUAGCAUUCCAGGAUCCAGUCAGCCCGACCAACGGCAACAUGGCCCAAGGACCAUUCAACAUGUCUGCUGAGCAGUACACAGACUACUCUAACCAGGCUGAGGAACAAUACACAGCUAAUCACCCUUUCACUCUGACCAAUGGCGUGCCCGCUGCCCCCGCGACCUGCUACACACCUGACCAGGAGAAAAAGAUGUUGUCCAAAGCAACGUUUGUGGAGCAGCCUAACAACCACAAUCAAACACAGUUUCAAAACUACCUGAACAAUAACACCCAGGGUUCCUACAGCAGCCACAGCUCAUGUACGACAGAUGAACAGCCACAGCAAGAGUCCAGUGUUAAUGGACACUCUGACCUGACCUUACUAGCAAACAGUACUAAGAACCUCCCUUUACCAGACCAUUGCCCCGAGGUCACAGCUAUCUAGUGGACCUCGUCUUUUGAAGUGUUCUUUCGUCAUUACAUCUUGAGCCUGACCAAGUGGUAUUUUAAGGGAACAUAAUCAUGGCCUUUUAGAAUUAUCUGACCUUAAAUUUCAAAGCAAUGUACAGCGCCGUGGUACAUUCUCAUCUGUAACUAUAAAGCCAUAGGUUCCUGAUGGCAAUGUUUUUGGGUGAAUAAUUUGCCCCUGAAGGUUUCUCCACAACAGUGUGUGCUAAACUGCAAGAUGGAACAGAUCAAAAACAUGUUAAAACAUCAGUUAUGUCAUGCUGUGCAAUGUAUCUUGUAACUUCAGAUGUAAAGUUCUAGUUUUAAGCAGAUAUUGUACUGUAGAUUUUUCUAUGUCUACGUGUCAAAUGUGCAAAAAGGUUUAUUGUCAGUUUAUUUAUUAUUUCUGAAUUACGUGUACACGUAUAUACUGUAAAUGUUUUGAUAACAAUACGCAUGCUGUUUUGGGAAUCUCAGUGACAUUUAGGGGGAAAAAUUGCCAUUGUUUUAUAUAAAAAUGUGUUGUAUACAUAAUGUACAUUUUUCUUCUUCUUUUUGUCACUAUUAUAAGCUUUUCUAUCGUUUUGAAAAGCAUGAAAAAGCCUGAAUUCUUAUUUGUAUGUUUGUAAUACAAUAUCAAUAGCAUACAAUGACAGAAAUCAAUUAACAGCCUUUUGCACUUAUGUGUGGGGUUCCAGUGGCAUGCAGUUGGUUUUAACUGGUAAAAUAUGGCGCCUCACUUGUUUUUCUCCACUGUUCUUACAAUACCAUGAUUUGCAGGUGUCACUACAAAUGAAGGUUUAUUCUUUCAUUGAUACAGGGAUAUUAAUAAAGUAGCACUUUGACAUAUCUCCAAAAGUAUGAGGAGCUCUAUUCAUUAAAGACAACAUAACUCUUUAUCAUUGGAUUA